AUGUAUCCAUCUCGAAAAGAUACACCAGUUCUGCGAAAUCUCUCUCUUAUUGCUCGCGCUGGUCAGACAACAGCACUAGUAGGUUCAAGUGGUAGUGGAAAAAGUACGUGUAUAUCACUGUUUCUUCGCUACUAUGAACCUUCUGCUGGUCGAAUAACGAUCGAUGGUCGACCGAUAACUGACUACAAUGUCCAACAACUUCGACAAAGCAUUGGAGUUGUUAGUCAAGAAUCCAUUCUAUUUGGUAUGAGCAUUUAUGAAAAUAUUCGUUUUGGUAAAGUAAAUGCAACACGAGCAGAAAUUGAACAAGCAGCACGAGAAGCAAAUGCACAUCAUUUCAUCAUGGAAUUACCAAAUAAAUAUGAAACACUUGUUGGUGAACGUGGGAUGCAGUUGAGUGGUGGUGAAAAACAACGUAUUGCAUUAGCUCGUGCUCUUGUCAAGCAACCUGCAUUUCUUUUACUGGAUGAAGCAACAAGUGCACUUGAUAAUAUUAGUGAAAAAAUUGUUCAAGAAGCGCUCGAUCGAGCACGCAAAUGUCGUACAACUAUUGUUAUUGCUCAUCGAUUGAAUACAAUUCGAAAUGCUCAUCAAAUAUAUGUAUUAGAUAAUGGAUGCGUGAUUGAGCAAGGUAACCAUGAAACAUUGAUAACAAAAGACGGUGGCAAAUAUCAAGCAAUGGUCAAACGUCAACAAAUGGAAAGAAUCGAUGAUGGUGACGAUGAUAUGAUGAGCAUACAAAAAGCAACAGAAGAGGAAGAAAAGUCGAUAUUUGAAUACUCUCGUUCACAUAGCGAUAGUCGAAUUAUUGAUGUGAACAAAUAUACAGCUUUUGCCAUAGCAGGAUCGAAAUUGACACAACGCAUUCGUUCGAAAGCUUUUGCGUGUCUUCUUCGUCAAGAAGUUGCUUAUUACGAGCGACCUGAAAAUAGUUCUGGUACAAUUUGUGCUCGUCUUUCUUCUGAUGCAUUAGCCGUUCAAGAAAUGGCUAGUACACGAUUAGGAGCCAUCUGUACAUCCGGAUGUGGCAAAUCAACAAUUAUUCAACUGUUAGAACGAUUCUAUGAUGUUACAAGUGGUCAACUACUUCUUGAUGGAAUUGAUAUUCGUCAACUAAACUUGCAAUGGGUUCGUGCUCAUUUUGGCCUUGUUAGUCAAGAACCAAUUUUGUUCGAUUUAACAAUUGCCGAAAAUAUAGCAUAUGGCUUAGAAAAUGUUCCAAUGGAAGAUAUUAUCAAUGCCGCGAGUAGAGCCAAUAUUCAUCAAUUUAUUGACCAAUUGCCUCAGGGUUAUGAAACAAAAGUAGGGUUGAAAGGUAGUUUUCUGUCAGGCGGUGAAAAGCAACGUAUUGCUAUUGCUCGAGUCCUUGUUCGUCGACCUAAAAUAUUGCUCUUAGAUGAAGCUACAAGUGCCAUGGAUUCAUACAAUGAACAACUUGUACAAGGAGCUCUUGAGCAAGCUCAAACAGAAGAUUCUAGUCGAACAUCAUUCAUUGUUGCUCAUCGUCUUUCAACUAUUCGUUCAUGUGAUUUGAUUUGUGUACUUGAAAGAGGGCAUAUUGUGGAAAGUGGUACUGAUACAGAGUUGACACAACGACGUGGAGCUUAUUAUAAAAUGCUUGCUUGUGACAAUUUACAAUGA